GCAAUGUGCUACACAGUUUGAAAAUGCAGGUCGUGUCAUGCUUUGAAAAAAAUCAUUUUAUACUUGAAUUUGGUGGAAAAUGUCGGACCCUAAACGUGCUACUCUUAUAACAGUGGGUGCUCCAAAAAGUGCAAAGAAGAAUGUGAAUAAAACAGUGAGAUUAACUAUAAAUUUGGUUGAAAGCAACGAAAGUAAAUAUCCGGAGCUGAAUUACAAGGAACUAGUCAUUGCAGAAGAGAGAAAGAAAAAGGUUGAAAAUGGCAAAACCCCAGGACUGGACCCGUUCUCCGACAACGAUGAUGAUGUGGCAAGAGUCGCUAGGAAGUUUGAACAGAAAUAUGGCGGGAAAAGCACGUACGGCCGAACCGGCCGUUCCAAACACGACGACUUUGCCGACAUCGGAGCGGGUUACGACGAGAAUGACUCGUUUAUCGACAACACGCAUGGGUACGAUGAGAUGAUCCCUCCAGAAUGUGAUACGCUAUACGGGGGUUUCUACAUCAACUGCGGCUCGCUGGAGUUCAAGACUGUUGAGAACCAAGUGGCCAACCAUUCGGACGGAGAACCUGGGAACAGGAGGAAUAAGAGACGAAUGAUAUCAUCAAGCAGCAGUGAGCAGGACUCUUCCGAAAGUUCUUCGGAGUCGAGCCAAGACGUGAAGGAUAAACCGGUCGCGAAUGGAGAAGUCAGCUCGCACAAUACGGAGCAUCGGAAGAAGAAAAACAAAAAUAUUGAUAAGAAGAAAGCCAAGAAAGUCCGAAGAACAGACUCCUCUGCAGCCAACUCUGGGAAACAGACGUCUGAUGACAACGCUCACGGAGACGGCGAGAGCGCGGACUCGCGCACGUCGCAGUCGGACUCGCUCACGUCCAAGCCCGCGCCUUCCUCCGAGAACGCGGCCACUUCAGACAGCUCCAGGGAUGCCGAGAAAGUGGAAGUGAAACUCCCCCCAUCAGUGGUCCAAGUGUUGGAAGACUUGGAGGCGGUGGUGAACCGGAAUUUCGUGGAGACGCCCAACCUCGCCGCCAAGGAACUCGAGGCCAAGACUGAUCAGUAUCUCAUCAGGUUAGAACGCGUGUUGUCCAAGAACGGAGUCGAUCCCGCGUCCACCAAAGCGGCUUGGACGCGCGCGGCGCGGUGUCUGGGCUCCACUCGAUCGAAACUCCACCAGCGAGUCAAGUCGCGGCCGGAGAACCACGUCACGACUGAACCGCCACCGCCAGCGCCCGCCGCCGCCCAGUCAGCCGCCAGCAAGCGUAAGGCUGACGAUGACGAUGAUGAAGACUUCAGCCGCCUCACCGCCGCCGAGAGGGAAGCCAAGAUUGUGGAGACACUGCAAAGGUUAAAAUUGUUAAUAGAAGAACGCAAACCAGACAUGAUUUCAAAUUACAACGCCGAAUGUGCACGGGUCCAGGAAGAGAAGAAGAAACUCCAAGUGGCUUCAGCGGUCGAGGGCGCGCCCGUCGUAGAAAAGCGUCUGCCCAAGCGCAGGUUUCCGUGGUGCCCGCGGUCGCGCGCGCUACUGGUCCGGCUGAAGCGGCUGGCCGGCUCACACGAAGCGGCCGCUACGUUGCUGGCCAAGCGGGCGCUGCCGCUGUUCCCCAACGGAUUCGUGCGGAUGCCCACGCUCCUGCGACAGGCCGACCUCAGCAAAGACAUCAAAGCGUCGGACGUGAAGCGUCAGCGGCUCGGAUCCGCAUCGCAGCCGGCGCCGCCCGCGCCGCCUGCCUUCGUCGAGCCCAUCCACUUUCCCAGCUCGCUGACCGUCACAACCACCACCAAUCCGCCUGCCCCUGCCGCCCCUGCCAAGGAAGAAGACAAGUACAAACCCAACUCGGUCCUCGGAACGUUCUUCAACCUCAACAAAGACCUCAUCGUCGAAAGGCCCGAAGACCGAAAGAACGACCGGGUCAAAGAUGACGUCUACGUCCCCCCCAAUAAUAUCGGCAGCAUAACCAUAACACCCGUCAUCCCAGCGCAGAAGGACAAAAAACCGGUUGUGCCGGACAAACCCAAGGAAGGCUUGAUCAGGGUGAAGUCCCCGGCGGCGCUAAACGAAAUGGUGAAAAAGGAGAAAGCUAAGAAACCAGAGAAAACCAACCAUGUAAAAGAAAAACGAAUGGACACCCCGUUACACAUAGACACUAAUCUCCAGCCGAGCAAAAAAGACCCAAGCCCGAAAAAAGAUGAGAUCUCCCCAAAACAAAUAGAAACCAUGAGAAUAACGGAGAAUAAUAUCCCGAGGCCUGCCUUAGUUCCCGUACGCCAUUCCCCCACUUUCGCGAAACCGGACAAACGUCCGCCCGAAGUGAAAAAGAAAAAAGACGUUGUCAUAGUGUCCGAUGUAGACCCACUGGGUGACGUGCAAGCCGAGCCCUUCGCGGUGGACGAUAGUAGUAGUGACGUGGAAUUAGUUGAGGACUCAAAAAAUACGGACAAAAGUGAACCUAAAAUCGGUGAUAAUAAGAGUGAUACAGUGCCUUCAAAGGAUAAAGUGAGUGACUCGAAGAAAGUGAACAGUGUUAAACAUAAAGAGCGCAGCUCGAAGGAGACGAAGGAGAAACGUAGCGACUCCUUGGACGAGACCACCAAGGAGAUCGAUAAUGUUAUGAGGGAAAUACGGGAAAUGCAGAACUCACAAGAACCAACAAAGUUGAACAGUAACUCGUACGCAGGAGUCAUUACUAGUGCGAGGCACGAGAAGUCUUCCAAUCCGCCGCCGUUCGCGCCGCGCUCCAGUAUAUUUGGCGAGGCGCGUUCUGACAAAGACAAGUUAACGAACUUCUUUGAACAAAAUGGAUGGAUGUAGUGCCAUCACUGGUUGAAGCACGUUAAGAUGUUAAUCAUGAAGGUUGUUAUUGAAUGAUAGUCUAUUUAUCUCGGGAAGCUCGCGCUGCGGAUCCACACAGAACUUCUGAUCGACACUAGAAUACACAAACGUAAGUAUUUUAUUUGUAUUAUGAAAAUAAACAACGUUCCUUGUGAAUUUGUUCUCAUAUGCCUCAAAAAGUGAUGGAUCAAAAUGUGUU